AUGCUGCUACCACUCAGACAGACGAUAUAUCGCUUUAGACCGAAGACUUCCCCGCCGCUCCCAUCGCUCAGACGACCACCGACCACCGCCCACCGCUCGUUGCCUCCCACCGCCGACCGGUCGCUGCCUCCCACCGCCCACCCCCCACCGCGUCUGCGACAGUACUCGGCGGUUCUUACUCGGCCAUCUCCCUGCGACAGUAUCGGUCUCCACCGGUGUAGAAUUCCCUCCUCCGGUGGUUCUGCCUAUUCCGGUCUCCGUACUCGGCCUUCUCCCUAUUCCGGUCUCCGUACUCCGGUGGAAUUCCCCCCUCCGGCAAAAGGCAGUCCGACUCCAGUUGUCAUAUCUCUGUUCGGCUUCAUAGCGACUCCAGUGCUUCAAAUCCCACUGUCUGGGCUGCUCAAGAAAGCCAAAGAAAAUCUGAAAUUUGCCAGAGGCACAGAGGACUAGAGCACGGGAGCGCGCUAGAACCGGAG